AUGGCUAUCAAAAACAUGUUCAUCUUACUGGUCCUCACAAGCCUCUUGGCAGAUGUGACUGCAUCAAGGGACCUUGCACUAAAGUCAGGAUUCAACGUUCCAGCAAGCUUGGAAACAAGAGAAGGCCAGAACAGUCUCAGCGUUGAUUGUUGCCAAGUCAUAACCACUUUCACCAAUAAGUGCUGGCCUUUCAUGCUUACUUCCUUUGGUUUCAACACUAAGCAAGGCAAUUUACUGCAAGUGACAAAUGUGACUGCAACAAGGGAUUUGUACAUUAAGCCUGGACACAGGCUUGCGGCGAGGCUUGAAACCAGUGAAGGCUUAGUCCCUUGUUGGAAUGCUCUAUUGGAGCUCAAAUCUUGCUCAAAUGAAAUUGUCACUUUCUUCCUCAAUGGCCAAACUGAUAUUGGCCAAGAUUGUUGCCGUGCCAUUACUAUCAUAACACAUCAUUGCUGGCCUGCCAUGCUCACCUCACUCGGUUUCACAGCUGAGGAAGGCAAUAUUCUAAGAGGUUAUUGUGACGCAGAAGCCGUGGUGCCUUCUAUAGCUCCUCCUGCUGCCUCACCACUGCCUCAGGCUUAAACAUUGGGGUCAAAUAUAUAUAAAAGGUCGUAACACAAAGUUCCGAAGUUCUCAGACAGGAUUUCUAGACAGUAAUUACUCCUUUUCCAGUUACUGUCAUGUCCCUCUCUUGCUUUAUUUUCGUUUG